UUAGCUAACUUCAUUCUUGAGAACACAAAAUAUCUCCAUUUCAUUUAGCUUUUGGUUACUUACUACUCCAGUAUUUAAUACCCUCUUUCUUUAACAACUUCAUCAUCAUUAACGAAAUUAAAUUGCAAUUUACUACCACUUUCAUGGAUACCUCUUUCUUACUUCCUUUUUCCCUCAUGCUUUUAAUUACAUUAAACAUCUUCUUCACCCUCACCUUAUCUGCAACACCAACUGAUUUCACCACCGAUAAAGAUGCUCUUCUUGCUCUCAAACAGGCCAUCACGGUCGACAAAAAUGGCGUGUUGAGCAACAGCUGGCUCAGCAACACAUCUAUCUGUGAUUGGGUCGGUGUCUUCUGUGGCAUCAAACACCAGAGGGUGACUGCCCUCAACCUCUCCAACUUCGGCCUCCAUGGAAAGCUCACUCCACAUCUAGGAAACCUAACGUUUCUCCAGUCCUUGGAUGUCAGCUCCAACAGUUUCAUAGGUGUCUUACCUGCUGAGCUGUCUAAACUACGCCUUUUGAAGCAAUUAAACGCGACAUCUAACAGCUUCAGUGGAGAAAUACCGAGAGGUAUCCUUACAAACAUGUCUAUAUUGGACGACAUUGAUCUGAGGUUUAACAACCUAUCAGGCGCUCUCCCAAGUGAUAUAUGCAAUAAUACUCCAAAACUGAAGAGAUUGUUGCUCAGAAUGAAUCAAAUAUAUGGACAAAUUCCAACGAGUAUACAUAAGUGCAGCCAGAUGGAGGAGUUGAGCUUCGCGAUGAAUAUGUUCAGUGGAAACAUACCAACCCAAGUUGGAAAUCUAACUAUGCUUACAGUUUUAUCUCUAUAUGAUAACGACCUCCAAGGAAAUAUUCCGACUUCUAUCUUCAACGUUUCAUUAUUGGAAUUCAUAUCCCUCGGUGGCAAUAAACUAUCUGGAAGAAUACCCACGAAUUUGGACAAUUUACUCAACCUCCAAGUGUUGAAUUUUAGCAUUAACAACUUAACAGGAAAUAUUCCAUCUUCAAUCUUCACCGUUUCUUCGUUGGAAUUCAUAAACCUUGGUGGCAAUAAUCUAUCUGGAAGCAUACCUACAAAUUUGGACAAUUUACUCAGCCUCAAAGUAUUGUGUCUUGACAGCAACAAAUUAACAGGUCACAUACCAAGACAAAUCGGGAACCUCUCUUCACUAAUAGCACUGGAUCUUUCUUCGAAUAAGUUGGCGGGUGGCGUACCAAAGGAGAUUGGACAUCUUACUUACUUGACUUAUUUGUAUCUGUAUCAUAAUAGCUUGACAGGAAAUAUUCCAUCUUCUAUCCUCAAUGUUUCAUCGUUGGAAGUCAUACAUCUUGAUCGGAAUAAACUGUAUGGAAGCAUACCGGCAAAUUUGGGCAAUUUACCCAACCUCCAUAAGUUGCAUCUUAGCAACAACAAUUUAACAGGUUCCAUACCGAAGCAAGUUGGCAAUCUCACUUCGCUAGAAUAUCUAGAUUUGGGUUUCAAUAAGUUUACAGGCGAAAUUCCAACAUCUGUUUCCACUGCUUCUCAGCUUGAAGUUAUAAUAUUGCGCAGCAACUCAUUGGCUGGUCCCAUCCCCGACUUUGAUAAUCUUAGUCAACUUGCUUUUAUAGACUUGAGCAGUAACUCGUUCACUGGCCUCAUCCCUGACUUCAGAAAUUUAAGCAAGCUGGUAAAUCUUCAACUCAGGGGAAAUAAUCUGAGUGGAGCAGAAUCACCUAAUCAAGAAUUGGGAUUUAUCUCUUCUUUAACAAACUGCCAAUAUUUGAUGUUCUUGGAUAUUAGUGACAACCCAAUGCUGAAUGGCACACUUCCAGCUUCCAUUGGAAACUUUUCUAAUCUUUUAUUCUUAUUAGUAUCUAACAGCAGCAUCAGAGGUACAAUUCCUCAUGAAAUAGGAAAUUUGAAGACUUUGCUGUUUUUGGAUUUAUCCAAGAAUCAACUCACAGGAUUCAUCCCAACUACAUUUUCAGUGGGUUGUAUGCCUCAGUCAUUCGACUGGAAUGGUAAUGAGUUGGCAGGAUCGUCACCCCAAUUCUUUCACUAUUGUCUUACUGUGCAGGUUUUGGAUUUAUCCAAGAAUCAACUCACAGGAUUCAUCCCAAAUACUUUUCCAAAGGGUUGUUGGCUUGAGUCACUCAACUUGAAUGGUAAUAAGUUGGAAGGAUCAUUACCCAAAUCCCUUUCCAAUUGCCAAAGUCUGCAGGUUCUUGAUAUUGGAAACAACAGAAUACAAGGCACCUUUCCAGAUUGGACAGGAAAUUUUACUGAUCUUCGCGCCCUGGUAUUGAGAUCCAACAACUUCAGUGGCACCAUUUCUUCUCCCACUUCCAAGACUAGGCUUCCAUUCCCCAAUCUGCAAGUUUUUGAUAUAUCCCAUAAUGCAUUCAUUGGCAAUCUGCCCCAAGGAUAUCUGAGGAAUUUCAAAGGGAUGACGGAUGAAAAAGAGAAUCUUAUAGGAGCUCAAGAACAGUUAUACUUUUAUAGAUAUCUGCUGACAUUAACAGUGAAAGGUUCAGAUCAAGAAUAUAAGAGAAUGUUGACAGCCUUGACAACAAUUGACAUGUCUUCCAACAGAUUCUCAGGCAGUAUCCCAUAUUCCAUAGGAAAUUUGAAUUCCUUGAUGUAUUUGAAUCUGUCUCACAAUUUCCUCACAGGAGGUAUACCUGCAUCUCUUGGAAACAUUACAGAACUUGAGUCGUUGGACCUGUCUUCAAACCGAUUGGAAGGGGAAAUUCCAACAGAGCUUACAAACCUUACAUUUCUUUCUACGGUGAACUUUUCCAUGAAUAAUCUUUCAGGGAAGAUACCUCAAUCCAGUGGCCAGUUUCUCACAUUUGACAAUACAUCAUAUGUUGGGAAUUCUGGACUAUGUGGAUUUCCAUUAACACGCAAAUGUGAAGAGCCUUUGCCUUCAGCGAUGUUGAAAGAAGGUGAUCAUGAUUAUGGUAUUCUAGAUGGAUUCUGUUGGCAGGCUGUUGUUUUGGGGUAUGGAUGUGGAUUUGUAAUAGGUGGUAUUGUGGGUGGUCUGAUUUUUGGGUAUGAAAGACCUAAAUGGUUGCUGGAGUGGAUCUACAGAUUUUACAGGAUAAAGAUGAGAAGCCGUAGACGAAAUGUGGCACCACAAAGAAGAAGAAGAAGAAGAAUAUAAAAAGGUUGAGCCUUUUAUGUUGAAUAAUGGCUAUUGUUGUUUUCUACCAUUUAUUUGUGUCAUAUUGAAUUAUCUAAGUUAAGUUAUGUUGUAAAUUCAAGACAUAUACAAUACUAUAUGUGUGGAUAGUUUUGCUGCCUAAACUCCAUUGAUUUUC